UUGUACCACAGCAGUUUGAAGAUGGCGGAGGGUGAAUUGAACGUGGACAGCCUCAUCUCUCGGCUCCUGGAAGUACGGGGAUCGCCGGGGAAAAUCGUCCAGAUGACAGAGGCGGAGGUGCGGGGCCUUUGCAUCAAAUCCAGGGAGAUCUUCCUCAGCCAGCCCAUCCUGCUGGAGCUUGAGGCACCCCUGAAGAUCUGUGGUGAUAUCCAUGGACAAUACACAGAUCUACUGAGGCUGUUUGAGUAUGGUGGUUUCCCUCCAGAGGCAAACUACCUUUUCCUGGGUGACUACGUGGACAGAGGGAAACAGUCCCUGGAAACCAUCUGCCUCCUGCUGGCCUACAAGAUCAAAUACCCAGAGAACUUUUUCCUGCUUAGGGGCAACCACGAGUGUGCGUCCAUCAACCGCAUCUACGGCUUCUACGAUGAGUGCAAGCGCAGGUUCAACAUUAAGUUGUGGAAGACCUUCACUGACUGCUUUAACUGCCUCCCCAUUGCUGCUAUCAUCGACGAGAAGAUCUUCUGCUGCCAUGGAGGGCUAUCGCCUGAUUUGCAGUCAAUGGAGCAGAUUCGCAGGAUCAUGAGGCCAACAGACGUGCCUGAUACAGGCCUGCUGUGUGACCUCUUGUGGUCAGACCCAGAUAAAGACGUACAAGGUUGGGGAGAGAACGACCGUGGGGUCUCCUUCACCUUCGGGGCAGAUGUGGUCAGCAAGUUCCUAAACCGCCACGACCUGGACCUCAUCUGCAGAGCCCAUCAGGUUGUGGAGGAUGGAUAUGAGUUCUUUGCCAAACGCCAACUGGUCACACUUUUCUCUGCUCCAAACUAUUGCGGGGAGUUUGACAAUGCAGGCGGCAUGAUGAGUGUCGAUGAAUCCCUCAUGUGCUCCUUCCAGAUCCUAAAGCCCUCAGAGAAGAAGGCCAAGUACCAGUACGGUGGUGUAAAUUCUGGUCGGCCCGUCACCCCACCCCGCACUACCCAAGCUCCCAAGAAGAGGUGAACGUACAGCCCUGGCUCUCCCCCUUCCUUCUCCCCUUGUCCGUCCCCGGUCUGCCGCCAUGGCAACCCCUGUAACUCCCCUGUAUAGCGAAGAUACAGGGCUUAUCUAAUUGCCCAAAUCUUUCUUUCCCACUCAUCCACCCCCUCCCCAACUCCACUGACAGCUCUUUUCUUAAUGUGUAUGUGUACAUAAAUUUGCUGUGAUCAAUCUGUUUUUUGGUUUUUUUUGCCUGUUUGUUGGUAUUUUUGAUAUUAUUAACAGAUAAUUUUUUUUUGUGGUUUUACUUCCAAUGCCAUUCGAGGUUUUCUGAGGUUCUGUGUCGUGUAAGGAAACGCCUUCUCUGUGUAGAGAGGCUGAUUUAGAGGAAUUUCUUUUUGAGUUGAACAAAAACAAAGUAGAGAUUGAUUGUUUGCCUUGACCUCUCAAAAAGCAGAGAGAAUCCUUCCAACGUGUUUAAAUGAGACUGAGGUUUCUGUGCAAUGCUAAAACCGUACACACAAAUAACAUUGCUUGUAUUCCGGUUUAACAGUUUAAACUUAUUACAGCGUAUGCGGUGCACUUGCGGUUCUUGUGCAGGCGCAUGUUUUGUAUAUUUAACCAGUGAAGAAGUGCACGCCCCCAUGAGUGGCAAAGAAUGUGAAGUGACCGGUUUGAAUGAAAUAUAGAGGCUAAAUCGGAUGCUGCUGGCAGUGGACGCGCUCUCCCCAAACACGACGCCCUCUGGGCAUCCAUUCCUCCACUCUGUUAUGCCUCCCUGUGCCUCGACUCUACACCCACACAAAAACAUGCCGCUCCUCACACAGAGCUGGCAUUGAAUAUUUGCCUGGGUCUAUUUAUUAUUUGUUGUCAUCAAGACAUUUUCCCCCUUAUAAUCCCACUGAUUUGUAGUGAAAUGCUGAGACUUUUUUUCAUGUCCAUGCACAGGCAUUUAACUAAUAUGAGUCACUACUGGUCAGUAUUUUACCUGCAGACAUACUGGAUAACUGGUGUGCAAAAUGUGCUUAUAAAAUUGCCCUUUUCUGAGUCUGAAGAAACAGUGAAGAAUUUGAAAAUACUAACGGCGACAGGUGCAAUUUUGCAAUGGGUCUAGCAAAUCUUAGUAAGCCGUACAGUGUUAAAAAGACAAAUAAAAAGCAAACUCUGCAAAAUGCUCCACAGUAUUUGUGAUGUGUUUAGAGAGAAUGCAACAACAACAAAAACAUAAUGAAGAAAGUUUGCUCUUGGAAGCUUUUAAGUAAAGUGUCAGCUAUCCUCCUGUCACAUCACCCAAUCUGUUCUGCUAUAUGAAAACUGCAGAGGAGUCAGGAGUGGGCGGCAGGAGCAGGCCGUUAUGCUGUGUGAUAGUGAUGCCACCUGGUGUAUAGAUACAGUAAUACAGCACAAAUCAGAUGUGAUUUUACUGGAAGUUAACUUCACUUUACUGCAAAUAAGAUGCAGUCGAUCCUUUGUGGAAAACAGUUGCCUCUUUUUUUCUUUCUUUUUCGCUCUUUGUGGUAUUAUUCUUUCUGUUGUAUUUCUAUGUUCUCUAUUCACAUUGUUUACUUUCUGUUCACUUAAUUUAUUUCCUAAUACUGAUAAUAAGAAAACAAUGAAGUGUUACCAAAAGCUGUUUUGCAAUUUGUACAAGUUUGUUUGAAAGUCUAUAAAUUCAAUAAAAUGGAUGGAAACCAAA